CUAGCAGCGUCGCUGUACAGAAAAAUCCUAUAGAUUUUCGGAAGAUUUUCGUAAUUCUUCCAGUAUUCCCAAGCGACGGGGUUUGAAAAUACUUAUAUGUUAACUGUUUAAAACAAAGUGAAAUAAUUGAAUAAUGCUUCAGUGGUUUUGGUGGAAGAGCCGAGAAGGUCAUGUCAUCGCUGAAACGUCUGAUCCAAUUGAGCUUCGGCUUUUUCUGUGCCUUAAACGGCAUCGUGCCGUUCUAUUUUGGAUUUAGUUCGAGAAAACUGCAUUGGUCUCGCGUCCUGGCCUACUAUCGCAUUAUUCACAACUUCAUUGUCAUUGGACUAACAAUAAAGUUCAUAACAAACUAUUGGCAUUUCCAUACCCAUGUGGAACAUUCGAGAUCCAAGCUGAUGGAGCUGAACACCUUUACCCACUUUACCAUCGUUUUGCUGUCGUUGCUCAGCUGCAUGGAGUGCGCCCAUCGGCAGCAGGAUCGGAUCUACGGGAUGAUAGAAAAGCUCUUGGACCUGGAUCGACUGAGCUUCGAACUGGGGUACAUUGCCCCGAAGUCCCAUCAGCGAUACAUCGGCUUGCUGGUUCUCGCUAUAACCCCACUGCUGGCCCUUCGCCUCUUCAUUCAUGUGGGCCUGAAUAAGAUUCGCACUAGGCUGGGCUUCGAUUUCCCCUGCAAUUGCUUCCUGUCCGAGUGUAUGAUCCUUGGGAUGAGCUCGGUGGGUUUCGGAAUCAUGGCGGAGAUAUGCCAAUGCUGGUGGAGGCUGCAGACUGGACUGAAGCGGACUCUUCUGGAUGAUUCAUUGCCAGAUCAGCUGAACCAACUGCUGCAGCUGCAGCGGAUGUUCCAGUGCCUGAUAGAUAUCACCGCUGAGUUCUGCACCGUCUUCAAGUUUGUGCUUCUGUGCUUUCUGGUUCGGAAUGUCUGGUGUGGCAUCGUGAUCGGUUAUAUGCUCGUUCGCAUCUUCUGUGGCCAUGGUGUCUCUGAGCUCCACCUCUAUCAGCUCUAUCUGGCGUUUGUCAUCUGCAUACAGCCCCUGCUCUAUUCACUCCUCCUGAACUGUCUGACGCACACGACGGACUCGCUCAUGGAGACAACCAAAGAGAUUGUGAGAGAAUCGCAAGGACACGAACUUCUGGUGGACCGAAGUAUCCAGUGGUUCUCCUUGCAACUGGCCUGGCAGCACACGAACGUCCACGUUUACGGGACCUAUCGCAUCAAUCGACGGCUGGUUUUUCAAAGCGCCUCUGUCAUUCUACUGCAUGUUUCUUAUAUGGUCCAAAGCGACUAUAGGUCUAUGUGAGAAAUAAAUCAUAUUGUAU